UGCUUUAAUUAAGAAUACAUUGCAAGAUUUCCCAAAGAGGAGGUUGGGGGGGGGGUGUCUUCCAACACUGCAGGGAAAGGCUAUACCAGCAACAACCCAUAAUGGCACUUCCUGUCCUCUAGGAAUCCAGAAUAAGUUUCACAUGGAAUAAGAUGCAUGAGGCUAAUUGUAGGAGACACAAGAGAAUCAUAUUAUCAUAGAACUAUAUAAUUGUAGGGUUGGAAGGACCUCAAGGGUCAACUAAUCCAACCCCCUGCAAUAGAUAAAGUGAUCCAGAGCUGCAGCUGCUCACCCCCCCCAUCCAUCAGUUCGCAAUCAAAAGCAGCCAGACUUUCUCUAAGACUUGCUCAGUGUUAGGUUUUGCUGAGUCUCUGAGCAAAAGAAGCUUGGCAGUUACUAAAAAUGCACCUCAAUGCGCACAACUUGAUGUUCCAAAUUGGCACUCACUUUGUUUUGUCAAGAAAGCUCCUUAGGUUGAGCUAACUGUGCCUUUUCCUUUAAAACAUAGCAAAACUACAUAAGAAGAGCCUGCUGGAUUAGGCCAAUGGCCCAUCUAGUUCAGCAGUUUUCAUUUUGUGACAAGAGAUCGUCAUCUCUCGUCACCGCUAUCUGUCUCAGUUUAUUAGACUUGCCUGCCGCAAAGGUUAGUUCAGGCACCGGGAACUGCCCUACACUAUCUGCCGUGAAGAGAGCUGCAAAAAAUUCAUUCAGGUUCUCUGCAACUCCUAUGACUCCUGCGAUGUAUCCCCCCACUGUCAACUCUCAUCUUGUCCCCCCCCCCCGUCUCUAGCACACUACCAACUAAACAUUCACCUUGUCACUCUGUCUACCAGAAAGUGACACUCCUCUACCCAUCCCUACACUGGCUCCCUGUCUGCUCCAAAUCCAGGAUGCGCCCCCCUGCAGAGCCUGGCAUGGCCCUUACCUCUUUGCUGCUCUCAUAUCUAAAGGCCUCUCUGCUUGUGACCUUUCCACAGCCAUCAGCCAUCCCAAUGUCUCCUCCCUCCAGCAGCUCCUCUUGCAUGCCUGGAGCUGCCUCCCAGGAUGCUUGCCUGCGAAACCCCCUCCCUGGCUUUCUGCAAUGAAGCCCAAGGCCAUGCAGCCAAAAUGGAGGCACAUCCAGCUUGCUUGCUUGCUUGCUUCCUCUCCUCUUUCUCUGUGGUCAUAUUUAAGACUGGAAGCUCGUCAAGGGAAGGUGCUGCCCUCCUGUAAAAGCAUCAGGCACAUGGAUGGCACCACACAGAAAUAAUGGGGAAGGGGGAUGGUCUUCUAUGUGGGUCUUCUCCUUUUGCUGAGUUUGUUUAGCACUUCAUGGCUCAAAAUUGGCAGCAUCUGUUCCAGGAAGUGCUGCAGGGCUGGGAUCUAGCAACAGCCUGAGGCAGUGAAGCUGUUGUGGGGGACGGGGGACAGCAGCCUGUGCAUAAUCACUCUCAUAGAGAAAGACCCAGCUGACUUUCCCCAGGAAGGCAGGUGGAAUGUCUUCUGUUCUGACUCCCUCCAGUGGAUGUUACAGUACUUGGGGCAGCUCAAGUUCUGUCCUUGCAGACUGUGACCAGAUCCAGAUGCUCUGCACUGGGGUGAUCCAGGUGGCUCCAACUAUACUGGCCAGGUGGAGAAAUGGCUUGACGCUCCAAAGCAUCUCCUUCUGCCUUUUCUCCUUGAGUGAGCCACUUUUCAAGGGCCCACUGUCCUGACUAUUGUGGGCACAGCUGAUGCCCUGAUCAGAUUCCUAGCCAGUGAUCGCACAGCCUCAUUACCUGGAUGAGAAGACCAAAACACAGGAAUGUGCAAAGGGCCUCUGCUUCAUUCGACCCAUUGCUCCUAGUGAACUGAGAUAGGUCCUGCCAAGACCCUGUUUAAGAUCCUUUCUACAGCUUUGUCUUGAGUUUAGGGGUUGCUUGCAUCGCCUCCUUGUGCUCGGGGUGUGCGUGCUGAGAAAUCUGAGAAAUACAUACAUAUGUUUCUUCCCUGUUGCCCACUCUGCAGGGUCCUACAGAAUUAGAUCCCCUUGGCUCGAGAUGGCAAGUCCCAACAACCACCGGAUUCUCCCAGCCCAGGGCAUCUUUCUCCUCUGGGUUGCUCUGCACUUCAGCACAUGGACCUCUUGUAUACUGGCAGAGCCUGGGCCCAUUUCAGGAGCACCCCUCAUCCCCAGCAGCUCAGCGAACAGCACAGGCAUGAUGAACCUCACAUGCCAGAGCUUCCAGUGUUCCGGGGAGCGAUGCUACCAUGACGAAGCUCAUGGGAACAGCACAGAGACCUGCCACAACGCAACACACUGCGAGCUCUUCCGCCUCAACACUACCAGCUACACAGCCCGGUGCAGCAGUGAGUGUGGGGGAAUCAACGGCACCGACAUGUGCAUGCAGAAUGGCACCAUAAGGAUGAACUUGUGUUCGAUGGAGUGCUGCAGCUCCCCAAACUGCCUGCUCCUCAACGCUACAGCCUACGGUGACCUGCCGCCCACCACCACGCCGGCGCCCACCACUACCACCACCAAAGCACCCCCCAAAAAUGGGAAAGUGUGCUCAAGCUUCACCUGCCACGGAGAAGGAUGCUACAAGGGACAGAAGCACGCAGCCGGCUGCAUCGUGGGCUUUGAUUUUUGCGAGAUGAAGAAAACCGGCCCCCACUUUGUGGCUGGAUGCAGCAAAGUCUGCAAAACAGCUGGCCCGCCCUGCUCUGCGGGGUCCAAGGUGCCCUGCUACCAGGAGUGCUGCCCGGCGAUGCCCAAGACCAGCUGCCUGAAACUGGAUGGCAAAGUGCACUUCAAUGGGGCCAAGCAAGUGGCAGCCCUCACCCCCCUGCUCCAGCUGCUGGUGUGUGCAGCCGUCCUCAGCCUGAACUAUGCUAUCCUGUUCUAGGCCGGGCACGACUGAAGCUGAGCUGGCCUGUUCGGGUCCUUAGGUGGUGGCAAAAAAGCAACUCUCCCUUCUCUGUCUCUCUCCCUCUCUAUGCCUUGGGGAAUCCACUUGGUUUGGGCCUUUCUCACAAGGCAUCCAACAAAUGCCUUCCCCCCUUCCCUCCUUUUUCUUCCAGGGCCAAGUGAUUUAUGAACCUUUGGGCUGUGUGAGCUUGCGAUAAAGGGUGAUAUAUAAAUCGAAUAAAUAAUAAUAAUAAUUUAGCUCAGACCUACAUAAUCAAGAGCCACUUUCCUUCCCUCUGCCCUGGUCUGAAAGAUGGCAGGAGAUCUGAGCUGGAGCCAGCAGGUCACAAGCCUGAUCCUGGGGGCAAGUGACAGAAGCAACAGGAAUUUGCUUUUGGAUUAAAUAGGGAAGGGUGUCCUAUCUAUCCAGGAGCAGCUAUUUAACUGUUUUGAGACCGUUCCAGGUUUGCAGAAAGCUGAAGGUUGCCUUCUGUUAUUUGGCAGAGUCCCAAGAGCUGUACAGGAAGCCUCUUAUCAGGGUAGAGAGGUGAAGGAAAGGGGGAGAGCCCCCCCCACCUUGUUCUUUAAACUAGAGUGGCCCUGCUCUCUCCUGGCUUUCUGCUAGCUGGCUCUGUGAACCCCCUUCUGGCUCUGCAGGGGUGAUGGGCCAAGGGAGAACCUGGGGGGGGGGUUUGCUUAUUCCCCCUAAAGGGCCUUGCUGCUAUGGCUGAUCUUAGCUGCUGCCUUAAAUGAGGGACCCACUUUCUCGCUGAGCUGCCUGUCGUUCCCCACCCACCGCCCCACUCAUAGUAUCAGAAAUGUUUCUCUUGCCUAAAAAUUGCAAAUAAAUCUAUUUAACUAGA